AUGCCUCAGGCCACGCUCGUCCUACAGCGCCACCCUACAGCCCACGAGCCUCACUCACAGGCUCACAGGGCUCAUCACGCCCACUCAUCCCACAGCCCAACAGCCCACAGCCCUAGCUCACAGCCACAAAGCCCCCACCAGCCCAACUAUCUCACACGCUACAGCUCCGCCCACAGCCGCAUCAGCCGCACGCUCAUCAGCUACAUGCCUAGCCACCUGGCACACCACACAGGCCUCAUCAGCCUCACAGCCAGCUCAGCCACAGCUCCACAGCUCACAGCUACCCUACAGCCUACAGCCCAACAGCUCCGCCUACACCUCACAGCCCUACACCACAGCCCCAGCCACACAGCCUCACUGCCUCACAGCCCAGCUCACGCCCACACCUACAUCUCACACCACCAGCUACAAUCCAGCCCACAUCCCACAGCUCUACGCAUCCUACAGCCCACCACAGCCUCACAGCCCAUAAGCCCACGUACGUCCCCCAAACCUACUAGCCCCACAGCCACGGCCACAGCUAUAGCCUACACCUGCAGCCACAUUCCAUCUCACAAGCCACUCACAUCCCACCACGCCCACCGAGUCACAGCUCACAGCCUACUACCCACGUACAUCUACCAACCAAACCUCAGACAGCAAUCCUACAGCCAGCCCACAGCUCACAACGCCCACAGCCCACAGCUCGCUCCACUGCGUAAGCCCCAGCUCACACUCGAUCAUCCAAAGCCCGUCACAGCCCACAGCCCCUCCCACAUCUCAGCCCAACUCUCAAUCCAGCCCGACAUCUACCCUCCAGCCCAGCGCUCCACUCGCCACACCAAGCUCUUAACCCCACCUCGCCGACUCCUCAUCAUCGCCAGCUUCACGCCUCACGAGCCUACAUCCCACAGCCGGGUGCUCGUAGCAACGCCAGCCGCCAGUCCAGCCUACAGCCCACAGCCCACAGCCCACAGCACAAAUCUCACCGCCUACAGUCCUCGGCCCUUCACAUGCCCCAGCACCUACAGUCCCACAUCCAGCUCACGGCACAGCCCACACCCCACAGCCGCACAUCCCGAAUCAGUCCACGAGUCCAUCACAUCUCACAGUGGCUACAGCCCACAGUCCACAGUCUCACACAAGCUCACUAGCACCACAGCUAACCUACAGCCCACAGCCCACAGCUCACAGCCCACAGCCCACAGCCCACAGCCCACAGCCUACAGCCCACCAUCCCAGCUCCAUCAACUACAGCCCAGCAGCCCCAGCUCACAGCCCUACAGCUACGCCGCACAGCUCACAUGCCGCCAGCUCACACCUACGCGCCACAGCUCCGCACAUGCCCACAGCUCACGACUACAGCCUAGCAUCCCAGGCCUGCACCUCCACAUCUCACACCUACACAACCUACAGCCCACAGCCCACAGCCCACACACCUCACCCACUAGCCGCAGCAGCGGCACAGCUCCGACAUCCUCAUCAUCCCUACAGCCUCCACGCCACAGCUCCACCAGCCUACAUAUCAGCUCGUCAACAGCCCACAGCCCACAGCCCACAGCUCACAGCCUACAGCCCACAGCCCACAGCCCACAGCCCACAGCCCACAGCCCACAGCCCACA